AUGGCUGAGAAAGUUGAGAGACCGGUCGACGAGAUCGAGAAGACCUCAUCUCAUCAAGAUGUCCCUGAGGAAUUGGACAAUAAGACUCAUGUCCUUGAAGAUUGGACGCCAGAAGAGGAACGGAAGCUAGUUCGCAAGAUUGACUUCCGUAUUCUGCCUUACCUCUCACUCGUCUUUGGGUUGUCGCUCCUAGAUCGUUCGAACAUCUCGGCGGCUUAUAUUGCGGGAAUGAGCAAGGAUCUCGAACUCACUAUUGGAAGUCGUUAUUCGAUUGCACUUUUACUGUUCUUUCCCACUUAUGCGAUCUGUGAGAUUCCAAGCAAUCUGAUUAUCCGGCGCAUCGGAGCGAGGUGGUGGUUGACAUUCCUCAUCGUUUGCUGGGGAGUCUGCGUCCUAGCAAUGGGUUUUGUCCGAUCCUGGGUUCCGUUGACAGUUCUACGUAUGCUUCUUGGUAUCUUCGAGGCUGGAUUAUUCCCGGGAGCGAUAUUUAUCAUCUCAGCAUGGUAUAAGACCUAUGAGACCGCAAGACGUGUCUCGAUAUUCUACAUGGCCUCGCUGCUUGCCUCGGGAUUCAACGGUAUUAUUUCAUACUUACUGUCCUUGAUCCGCUCCGGUGACGGCAUUUACAGGCAAGGAUGGAGAUGGAUAUUCAUUGUCGAAGGAGCAAUCACUAUUGGCUGUGGUCUCCUUGCGCCCUUCUUCCUGGGUGAAUUUCCCGAAAAGACUCGCUGGCUCACUGACCGUCAACGACAUAUUGCCACAUUGCGGAUCGCAAAUGAACGAUCUGGCCGUGAAUACGAGCACCCAACCCUUUGGCAAGGAUUGAGGUUACUGAUGGACUGGAAAGUUGGUGUAUAUGCUCUGCAAUACUACAUUGCUGCAUCUUCAGUCUACUCGCUUGCAUAUUUCAUCCCGAUCAUUCUGCGCCAGGGAAUGGGCUUCAGCUAUGCAUUAUCUCAGAUCUUGACGAGUCCGCCAUACCUCUUCACUGUUGCGAUGUCGGUUCUCAGCGCUUGGCUGUCAGACAAGAUGAAAUUGAGAUGGCCCUUCCUCUGUGGGCAUGCCGCUGUCGGUAUCUUUUGCGACAACAGAAUCGUCGGCCUUCUCAUCGUCCUCUACGCCAAACCUCCAGGCGUCCGCCUAUUCGGCAUCUUCCUUGCUGUUUUUGGUACGCAAGCCAAUAUACCCGGCUCACUAGCCUACGGACAGAACCAGACCGCACUACCGCAUAAGAAGGGACUAGUGGCCGCCGCAAUGAUCACUGCCGGAGCUGCAGGCGGGAUUACUGGGUCGACCAUCUUCCGUGCUCAAGAUGCCCCAUUGUACAUCCCAGGCAUGUGGGCGACUAUAGGAUUUCAGUUCCUGUAUUUCUUUGGCACUAUGGGCAUGAGCUUGUGGUUCACUAAGAAGAAUCGCGAGGCGGAUGAAAAGGGUGUUGUGCUGGAGGGUGUCCCGGGCUUUAGAUAUGCUCCGUGA